AUGCCGCGACCACGGACAGUGCACUAUCAUUGCAACCAGUCUUUCCUCGGCGACAAUGGGGAACCAUCGCCGCAGAAUUACAGGUUAAGCUACGAGAGAACUGGACCACGAAGAUCACUAGCUUUUCACGAUGACAUACUUUACCGGCAUUACGAAGAACUGGAAGCCGCAAAUGAAGAGUAUGUGGACAGUCCAGAAGACAGACUCGGCUACAGACAAUCGCCUCUCGGAUCUUCUGGGAUCUACAGGCAUUCAGAGAUGCGAACGACUCCCUCCAAGGCAGAUUCGGUGAUUUUGGCGCCUAUGAUAGCAGACGUUGAGAAAUGUCGACAGAGCAUCCUGAGGACACCACAGAAGUGCACCUCCCCGACGGGCGUCCAUUCCUUGGUCCGCUAUCACACUCCAACCAGAUUACCCUCUUUCAAUCACAUCAUCGAGCCUAGGACACCGAACAGGAGGCCUCCCAACAUGGCAGUUAUCACUCCUAGGACUUUGCACUAUGGUAGUGCUGUUCCUCUACUAACCAGAACUCCACCUAGAUCUGGAGGCACACCUCCUGAGACAUACAAGAGUCCCAGCAGAGCCAGUUGGGCAAACCUACCAGUAAUACACAUGCCAGUUGAAAUGUUGUGCUGUGUUGGUUUUAUAUUCCUCACUUCUGGAGCAGCUUCUGUAAUCCUUGCCUUCUACAUAUUGGCAGUAGGAGGUAGAAAAUAUUUUCUGAACUUUGGUGCCAUAGCUGGUUUUACCUCACUUGUGUUGGGAUUCCUUAGUUGGCGAACUAAUAAAUGGAAAUGGCUGCCUCACCGGAAUUAUCUAACAGGUUACAUUCUUUUGGGAACAUUCAGCUUAUUAAACACCGCAUGCCUAGGAGGUACAAUCUACGCACUGAAUGAUGAGAGUUAUGCUUUACUGGACACACUUGGAGGAGCAGUUUGUGGUGUUUCCAUCUUGAUUGUUUGUUGCUCUCUUAUUGGGGUUAUUACUUCGGGCUGCUGCCAUAGGCCACCUCCAGACAACAGAGUUGCCCACUCAGCUGCAGGGUUCACUGUUUAAUUAUUAUAUUUGAACAAAUUAUUUAAUCAAUAUUUAUAAUGUUUUGAUGAAUCAAAUAUUGAUUAUAAAAGGUACCAAAGAGAUAACAGGAAAUUCACCAAAACAGAUAUAAUGGAUACAUAUUUAGGUUUAUAUAUUUUAUAAAAGUAAUAUGGUAACAAUUAUUUUAAGCUAUAUGUACAGUACUGGUAUUAUUUAACUGUUAUUACUUUAAAGUCAUAAUCAUUACAUUGUUCGAGCUUUAUGGUUACAGUUUUAUCAUGUGAUUAUUUGUUAAAUUUAGCAAUUUUACUGAAAAAUUGCACAAAAAAAAUUAAAAAUGUUGUCAAAUGGCAAUAAAAAAAUAUAAUUGUUAUAUUCAUAGUUUACAACUUUAUACCAUGAAUUAAAUGUUUUAAAAUAAAAACUAUGAAUAAGAAAUGUGAUAGUUGGAUGUUUAGAAAUUGUUGAAUAGUGAUGUAUUAUUAAAUUAUUUUAAAGUAUGUGAUAAUAUCAUACAUAAGUUGUGGUUCACAUAUAUAUUUUUGUUUUGAUUUGUUUAUGUUAUUAAGUACUUAAUGGUGUUAAUCUAAUGAAAACAUCGUAUGAUCAUUAAUUUUAGUCAAUGGAGCUGUAUAUAAAAAUUGUAUGUAUUUAUGCUAAUUUAUAAGUUAUUUGAAACCAAAGUUUGUACUUAUGAUUAAAAAAUGGUUUUACUGUAUGAAAAAAAAAAUUAUUCACCCAUUUGAUUUGUUAUUAAAAAAUUCAUGAUCCUUUAGAUAUAAUAAAUUAUCAGUGUUUUGAGAAAGUUGAGAGAGGUCAUCAUUGCAAAUGUUUCUUGGAGAUCUCCAAACAAAUAUAAAGAUCCAUUGAGAGAGUGGUGAGAUGAGAUUGACCAUGUUUUUACUUUUAUUUUUUAUAUAAAUGGCAUAAUAUAUAUUUAAUUAUUAUUAUUUAACAUCUUUAUGUAGUAUUUUUAUUGCAUACUUAAUAAUGUAUGAAUAUAUUAUGGUGAAAAUAUUACUCGCAAUAACAGAUGUCUGUAAUGACUUGUGAACAAGAGGGAAGCUGGUUAAUUAAAGUAUGUUUGGUUUACUAGUGGUGGAAUGUGCUACUUUUCAACAAAGAUUCUACUAUAAGAAUAUAUUGAAUUGUAAAAAAUCAUUUUUAUAUAAGUUUUGGUCACAACAGUUCCAGGAUCUAUGAAGACCAUUUUGCACUCAAUGACAAAAAUUAGAUCAUCAUGUUCUGGUAGACAUGAUCCCACCACAACCAAAUACACAGGACUGCUAAAAUUAAAAUUAAUCAAUCUCUAUUUUUCUAUCUUUAAUAUGUUUACACACCAUUCUUUUGAAAUUCACUCCCCAGUACUUUCUUAAUAGAAUAAGCUUAAUGCCUUUGUUGGAAAAUCUUCAAGUACAAAAAUCUUCCUUUGAAUAAUACUGAUGAGAACUUAUAAAUUUAUACAUCAUAAUUUAUUCAUUGUUCCUUUACUGUAUCUUGUAUGGAAAGAAUCUUCCUAUGUUUGAGUCACUUCAGUAUUUUCUACUUACUUUUCCAUUUAUUGAUGGAAUCUUUAAAUGUGAUAAUGGAGAAGACUUUAUAGAUGGAAUUUUACUACAAUAUUUACCUUUAUUUUCUUUUUUUCAACUCUACUGCAUGUCUUGCAUAUAAAACAAAAAGAGACGGUAUUUGACCGUAACAUCCCCAAAGCACAAAUAUCUGAUAGUCUUUCUUAAUAAAACUUUCAGCACCGAUAUAAUCAAAUAUUUGUUGGCAUCUUAACUUGAUAUUGCUAAUCUAGGCCCCACAUUAUUCUUUAACUGACCAAUUACAUCUUUAACCUCAUAAACCUUUGGUCUUUUCUCCUCUUCUUUAACUUCAAAAUACUUUUCAUUGAUAUUGAUUCAUAAUAUUUCAGCCAAUAUUUUCCCUGAAAUGUUUUUUCUAAUGAUUCUUUGUUUUUAAUUUCCCCCAACAGAAUAGUUGAUUCAUCCAAUAUAAAUUUUUUUCCGAUGGAUAAAUUUUUCUGGAGGUUGACUUCACUCACCUUCUUUUGAUGGGCAUAUCUUAUCUUGUUUAUUUGUUAUUGGAGAUUUAGAAAAAUAGCUUGUUUAAGUAAUAGGUCAUUUGUUGUACAGCAUGGUAUUUGAAUGUUUUAAAUCCAAAGUUAUAUAUUUCUUUAUUACAAGCAUACAUAGAUCCAAAUAACAAAAAACUAAAACCUUGUCUGUCUAGAAUGAAUCUUGUCUGAAAACUAAACUAGAAUAAAUCAAAUCAGGUAAAAAUAAAAUAUUAAAUUGAAUUUAAAUAUACAAAAUUAAAUUGAAUUAAAUAAAAUCAAUUGAUUGAUUGAUUAUUUAUUGGCUUAGGGUCCUAGACUCUUUCUUACAGGGAAAAAUACAAAAUCUCUUUAUAUUAACGAAUUGUAAUCAAUUUAAAUACAUAUAAAUUUCAAAAAUAAACGCAUUGAAAAAACAUCAAGUGCUUGAUAAUAACACAAACUCAAUUAAAU